GUCAGUCAGCCCGACCAGAUCAGAUCCGAGUCUGUGCACGGAAGCCCCGCAGUUUGAGCUCAUCCGUGUUUCUGACACCCGUGAGCUCCGGGCGCGGCUCCUCCGCGGUGUGACGUCAUGCUCCGGUUGACCGGUCACCUGCGGCUCUGAGUUAUCGAUGAUGAAGAUGGAGGAGUUGCCGGACUUCAGGGAUGUGGAGAGUAAACUGGGCCGGAAAGUUCCGGAGAGUCUGACCCGCUCGUGCACGGGCGAAGCUGCGAUCCGAUGCUCGGAAACACACGCGCGCGCGGAUGAUCUACACACACUCAACAACAAGAUCCGGUUCCUCAGACAGCAGAUGGCUCAUCUCCGCUCGAUAGACGUUAAACUGAUGCAGCAGCUGCUGUCAAUCAACGAGGGGGUGGAGUCGAUGCGCUGGCUAAUGGAGGAGCGAGGGGGCGUGGCCAGCCGGGACGGCAGCUUGACGGGCAGCUCCUUCAGCCUAUCAGACAGCCAGUCCCAGCACGACAGCGACGGAUUGGACGGGAUCUCGGUGGGCAGUUACCUGGACACGCUGGGAGAGGACGAUCCCGAUCCCGACGGAUCCGUCACCGAGGAGGAGACGUUUACCAAAUCUGCCCUACGCCCUCGUGUGGAGACCGACGAGUACUACUGCUUCAGAUAACCUAAACUCUAAACUCGAACGGGGGCGGAGCAUCAGCUCAUUUGCAUUUAAAGUGACACACACAAAAACGGAGCGAUUUCCCUCACACAUAAAAAAGGGGCAAAUUUGACGAGCUAUAAUAAUUAAUCCUGGUGAAGUCUGAGCUGACACUGAGGACAUCAGAGAUUUAUAUUACAUCAUGUGAAAAUGGGCAGAAACCAUUACAGAGAUUACGCCUCUCGACCCGCAUGUCAGGGGAAGUUUGCAGUCUUACGAACUGAUUAAUGAAAUCCUGAUUGUUUCCCAGUGUCCUUCCAGACUGAUCUCAUGAAGUAGCGUGUGUAUGACACGCCAAUUCGUAUUUCCAUUUUUGGCGUGCUAUCGACAUGC